AUGGACUGGCGACCUUUUAUCGACGAGUGCCUCUCGGCGCUGCACCCGUCGCCGCUACCCGACGCGCCGUGCUUGCAUGCGUACGCCCACUCCAAGCUCCAGGCCGCCCAGCGUCUGACUGAGGCGUACUCGGAGCACUUUGUGCCGGCGGGCGUAGGGCGGGGUGGCGUGGCUCUCCGCGCAGCUGGCCUUCGGCUGAACGACGAAUGGGCGACCGCCGAGAACCAGUACUCGCGUGCCUUUGACGGACACCUGACGCAAGCGCGACGGUCGCACCACCAUGCGCUUAGCCUUGACACGGCGCGCUUUGAAAUGGACGUGCUGGAGCGGGAUCGCCAGCUCGCUCGGCGGCUGGAGCACAUCUCUGGCGAGCUGCGGGAUAGCGUCGACGCGAUCUUUGACGCACUCGAGGCCGAGAUGGACGUUGACGAGCUUGGCAUCCUUAUGCACAACAUCAUCGUGUUCCACCUCAGCGUCGCCGCCGAGGUGUACCACCAAGUCUCGACACUGCACCUUGUGGCCGGCAGCGUCCGGGCGCGGGAGCGCACUGAGCGUACUGUGCGUAAGGUGUGUGAGUUUUCCGAGAUCAAACUUGGCGAGUUCCGGCGCAAGCUGCGGGCGAUGGGACACGAACACGGUGCGAGUGACAUCGACGACGUCGAGAGCGAGGUGCUCUCUGACGAGGCGACGGACGAGGAUGGGCCCCACUCGGACAUCGAGUCCAUCGAGGGCGAGAGUGUGGGCCGCUAG